UUUUCUCACCACCCAUUUCUUCACUCAGAUGAUUUGUGGAAUCUCUCUUAUCAACGAAAGCAGGUAAACUCAAGAAAAUUAUUGCAAAAGGAAUUACAGUAAGAUAGUAGAAAGGGGGUUGUGCAUCUAUUUGUGCAGGAUGAACAGCCAGAAUCAAGGGUUUAGCUUAUCUUCUGCAGCAGAGCCUCCUAUGAGGCGGAAACGUGGGCGUCCACGGAAGGAUGAGAUCGUUCAAGGGGACAACUCACCUGUGACAUCAGCAUCUGAAACUCUGAACAAAAGCAAGCUUAGUGUGGAAACGGUGACUCUGUCUCUGAUGACAUAGUAGGCCAGAUGGUUUCAGGUGUCAUCGAAGGUUCAUUCGAUGCUGGGUAUCUUCUUAAUGUUAAGGUAGGUGAGACCAACACGCAUCUUAGAGGUGUUGUAUUCCUACCAGGGCGAUUCACUCCAAUUACUGCUGCAAAUGAUGUGGCUCCACAGGCUAAGAUGUAUAAAAGAAAAGAGAUCCCUUUCCCGUUUGUAAGCCCUCAAGGUCAUCUCCAUCCUGUGAGUCCUACAUCAGGGAAAAGUGAGAAGCCAAUAGAGCAUAAAAACGACACAACUAAAGUUCCAGACCAAAGUCUACAUAUAGGGCUUCAGUCUGGUGCCACGGCUGCUAAUGAAAGCCAAUCUGCUUCCAGUCUAAUUCCUCCAGCUAGUAACUUGCCAAUAAAUGACACUGGUCUUCCCUUGGGACAAAGGGUCUUGCAAGACCUUAUCGCAGAUAUUGGAUUGCAGAAUGGUAAAGCUGUUGGAUUUGAAGCCUUCAAACCAGUGAAAGGAACAAAUUUUAAUGUAGAUGCACCUAAAGUGUCUGAGUCAGUGUCUGCAACAUUUACUGCUAGUUUGCCUGUUACUGAUACUGUUAAUCCGAAGCCUCAAGUUGAACACUGGGCCGUGAGUUCUGAUCUUAAGUCACAAAAAUUGGUUGGUGAAGAGAAAAGCCUUGACCUUGUUAACGACCAAAACCCUAAAUUUCCUGAUCCUGAAUCUCAAGCAAUGCCUUGUGAACACUCUGGAAUCAACAUGUUUGGAAAACAGGCUUCUAAUUUCCAGAAACUCAAGCAACGCAUUGUGAACCCACUGGAAUAAACAUGUUUGGGCAACAGGCUUCUAAAUUUUCUGAACCUGGAACCCAAGUUAUGCCCUGUGAACCCACUGGAAUCAACAUGUUUGGGAAACAAACUUCUAAGUUUCCAGGACUCCAAUCUCAAGUUAUACCUUCUGAACCCCUAGGAAUCAACAUGUUCGGGAAACAAGCUUCUAAAUUUCCUGGACCUGAAUCCCAAGCUUUGCCCUGUGAACCCCCUCAAAUGAACAUGUUCGAAAAGCAGUCUUCAAAAUUUCCUGAACCUGAUCCUCAAGCCAUGCCCUCUGAACCCACUGGGACCAUUUUUGGGAAUCAAACUUCUAAAUUUCAUGAACUUGAACCUGCUAGAAACAAUAUUUUGGGAAACACGCUUCUAAAUUUCCUGAACCUGAUUCUCAAGCCAUAUCUUGUGAACCCAUUGGACUUAACAUGUUCGGAAAACAAACAUCUAAAUUUCUUG